AUACAGACGAUCACUCCCCAUUUUCCCCCACCGUAUAAAUAACUCCAACUCGCUUACAGAAUUGACUUUCAAACUUUGUUCUCUGAUUAAGAUAUAUCUCCUCACCUCGAAUCCACCGAUCUCCGGUCGCCGGAAAAUGGGGGCGAAUGUUUCUGCUUUGCCGGAGGAUCCGAGUGGUCGAAAUUCGUCAACGCGGCGGAAAUUGGAAGACAUACCGGAGUCCUGUAUAGCGAUGGUUCUAUCCUACUUGGAUCCUGUGGAGAUCGCGAAGCUCGCACGGCUCAAUCGCGCCUUUCGCGGGGCUUCCGAGGCCGAUUUUAUCUGGAUUCCGAAAUUGCCGUCGACCUAUUCGUAUAUUGUCUCCAAAUUGCCCGAUCAAGGCAUCGGUGGAGACAAGAGUAAGAAGGAUAUCUACGCUGCACUGAGCAGGCCUAGCACCUUUGAUGGCGGAACAAAGGAAGUUUGGAUUGAUAAGAGAACUGGUGGAGUUUGUUUGGCAAUUUCUUCGAAGGCGAUGGCUAUUACUGGUAUUGAUGAUCGGAGGUAUUGGAAUCACAUUCCAACUGAUGAAUCUAGAUUCCAAACAGUCGCAUACCUCCAGCAGAUCUGGUGGCUCGAAGUGAGCGGCGACCUCGAAUUCCAGUUCCCUUCUGGAACAUACAGCCUCUUCUUCAGACUACAGCUCGGGAGGGCCACAAAACGAUUGGGACGACGCGCAUGCAACUCCGAAAACGUACACGGAUGGGACCUAAAACCCGUAAAACUCCAGCUCACAAUGCCGGAUGGGCAACACCAAGUGUCCCAUUUCCAUUUGGACAAUAUUGGAACAUGGGCGCACUACCACGUGGGAGACUUGGUAGUAAAUGACGGCAGCGCCUUAACGAACAUCAAGUUUGCGCUGACUCAGAUCGACUGUACUCACACCAAAGGGGGCCUCUGCGUGGACUCGGUCCUGAUAGUCCCGAGCUUUUUAGGACAAGAGAUGUUCUCUUCUGAUACUGAAGUUUGCAAGAAGGUGUAGAUUGGCUUUGGGACCUGACCGGCAUUGUUUUUUCUUCAGCGCCGCGCCUGUCGGUUUAUCGGUACGUUUUUGGCUGGCUUGUUAUGGAUGUGUUCUUGCAGGGAGCAACACAUUGCUUGUUAUGUAUAUGCAUGUGAUGUGUGUGUGUAUAUAUGUAGUUUUCGUGGAUGAGUUGCAAUAGUGUUGAGGUCUAAGUUGAAGUAAUUUGUUGUCAAAUUGAAAUUUUGUGCAAAAGAUUUUGAUGGGAAAAAAUGUAAAAAAUUUUAUGAUCCAUUGAAGUGUUUGUUGAAAUUCUUUUUGUAGAUAUGAGGUUUGUAAGUUUGAGGCUUUUAUUUAUUUAAAUAAUAUUUGAUGUAAUAGUAUAAUUUUUUUUUUAGAAAAUAUAUAAAGUUCAAAUAGAAACUAUAAAGAAACA